AUGACCAGAUUAGCUGGACGUGAGAUUCAGCCAUUUGCAGAUACAUUUGUUUUCAAAGAAGUGAUUGAUCAGCUGCAUAUGAUGAAGUAUGUCUCAGAUGAAUGGGAGCAAUUUGAUUUUAUGACAGAUGAAGAUGCGAUUUCUCAUAUAUUAUAUGAAAUCAACGACGUUACAAAUCUAUUCCGUCAUCAUUCCUUUGUAGUUUGGCUCGGAACAAAGUCACCGAAGGAUCUGAAAGCCGCGAUCUCGACUCUAUUGAACAGUUUGAAGAGACUUAAGCACACCAAGAACUAUCUACCAAAAUUUUUGCGGAGGGAAAGAAAAGAAAAGACAUUUCGAAUUUUUUCCGACUUCAAGACGGAUGAAGAUUUUGUUAAAGAAUUGGGACCUUUACUUUGGGGUAAAUUUGACCAUAUCGGAACAGAGGAUUUUGUAAAGUUGAUGUUGACGAAAAUGCGAGAACGAUCAAAAGAUGAAAUUAUGUGGGCUGACAUUAUUUACAAGAUGCGGAGUGACAAAAGUGUUAUUAUGCCCUUUGACGGUUUGUUAAAUGAGCUUCUUCGGACGUACGACACAACUGCAGUAUUUAUCGUCCAGCGGUAA